UAUAAUUUAAAAUAUAAUAAAACAAAUAAAAGGUGUGCUUAUUCCAUAAAAAGUGUAAACAAACACUAAUUAUUUAUAAUAAUGUAUAAUGUACCACAUAAGUAUCGCCAAGUUUGUCGAUUGUGUCUCACUUUGGUUAAUGAGCGCGAUAUUGCAGAUCUACAAAUUUAUAACAGUGAAAAAAAUGCUGAAGAAAAAUCUAAAACCCAUUGUAAUUAUGAUGUGAACCAGUGCAAUAUAAAUGAAAAUGUAUCAAAAUGUGUAUGUAAUGUAUUUGACCCAAAAACAUGUUGCUGUCAAUGUGAUAACUCGUUAUCAGCAGCGCAAAAUAAUAAUGAAAUUGAUUCAUUUAAUCAACUUCAUAAAAGUAAUUACACACCGAGUGUGCCUUCUGCUUCUGCCAACCCGCCAUGUAUUAUUCAAACUGAUAUAUUUGAUCCCUUGUUUUCAAAUAAAAACAAGCCACAAUGUAAUUCGACGCCAUUACAUUUUCAAGCUUCACUACCGAGCAAAGAUGUAAAAUUAAAAAAAAAAAUAACAUCUAAAACGAUCGGUCCCGGGGAGCAUCAUAUUAAACAUAGUUUAUCCAACAUGGACUAUGACACUGCGCCCACAAACAAAUUUUUUUAUAAAUGUGACGAAAAUACCUCAACACACGAGGAGAACAGCCAAGAGCAUAAAGAUGAUUCAUCACCAUACAUUACAAUUCAGAUAUUUAACUGUCUCUCUAUUAAGCCAUUUCCAAAUGAUGGGUUUCCUUCUGUUAUAUGUUAUGAUUGCCGAAUCAAACUUGAAUCAUUUUGGAAGUUUCGCAACAUGGCACAUAAUUCACACUUUGCAUUAAAGGAAUUUUUGGCAUUAUCAAAAACGUGCGAUAUUAACUCAAACAGUUUGGAACUGAAAUUGGAUGCAAUUUUGAAGUCUUCAUCUGAAGCAAUAGCUGCGAAGGCACUGACUGAGUUAAGCAAAUCUUCAAAAACGAGAUUCAGUCAACGGCAAGCCAAUUAUGAUGAUGAUUUGAAGUCUAGUAAGGAAAAGGGUCUAAUUGAAAACAAAAUUAAAGACAUUCGAGAGCCUAUAAUAUAUUCAAACCUGUUCGAAAAUCCACAGCAAUCUGUUGACAAAAUCGAAUGUGAUUCACUAGUUCAAAGUGUUACACAAAAUUCCAAAGAAGCGGAUGCUUUUUUUGAAGUAGAUACAAAUGUGGAAUUACAAAAGAAAGUUUCAGAUGUUGAACAAUACAACAAUUUGAAGCAGCAAUUAGAGACUGCGGCAGUGCUUAUGACCAUAAGUAAAAAAAUUGUUAUAUCACCUCCAUGCUCGAAUCCUCAAUCUCCUUGUCUUUCUGCGGUUGUAGAUAAAAGUAUUAAAAGUUCUGUGAUAAAAUCAAAACGUCCAUCUAUUAAUAAUGAUGUACAAGAUGGUGUUGAAAUAGACUUAUCCGUUAAAAAACUGAAAAUUGAACGAGGCAGUCAACUGAAUUUAGUCCCAACAACAAGUAACUUUUGCCUUCCUCAUGUACUUGAUGCGGAAACAAAUCCAUUAAGGACCGACGAGGGCUUUAAGAAGAAUAGCAUUACACUUAAUGAAGUUGCACCGCCUAACUACCAAUUGAAUACAACAAAUCUACAAACCGAAAGUACUGCUACAUGUCUAUCGGUAUCUGAAGACAGCUCUGAUUCUAAUAAGUUAGAAAUGGACAUUGCGUAUACUAUGUAUGACAGAAAGACACCGGAGAGUGUAAGUUCGGAUCAUGCUACAGAUGCUGCUACAACUCAACUUUGGCAAGCGUUAGCUCGGUCGGCUGCUAAAAAUAAAGAUGAAAGUCGCGCAACCCAACUCCUACGUGAUAUGAUGACCCAAACUUUUGUAUUUCCUGUGCCGUCAACUGUAGCGUUGACAAAAGUACCUGAAGAACCAUUACCGCUUUUAAAGGAUAUACCAGACUCCCAAUCGAAUGUUGUUAAAAUAUGUAGAAGAAAGCAAAGUUUUCCUACUAAAUCAGAUUGUAUGGAGUCCCCAGAAAUUAAAGUAUCUGACACUUACCUCCAAUCAGAAAGUGCACCCAAUGUGGAAGGAUUAAAAGACAAAAAGAGCCAAAAAUGCAGCAGCACUACAUCUUUAUCUACUUCUCAAAAGGAUAUGUCUUGUUCUAAUUGUGGUACUUUGACAACAACAAUUUGGAGACGUAGUGUUAGAGGGGAAAUGGUUUGUAAUGCUUGUGGAUUAUAUUUCAAGCUUCAUGGCGUCAAUAGACCACAUUCUAUGAGACGUGACACUAUUCAUACACGGCGCAGGCGUCCAAAAGAGUGCGAAAAAUCUAAAAAAAGAAAUAGGUCAAUACCAAUCAAUACAAUAGUUGAAUAUGAAACUGAUAUUAUUAACGGUCCCCUAGAAUGCAAGAAAUUGGAUAUGUCACGGGCUCCGGAGACGCCUACAUUUUCUGAUUUCGUAUAUAAGAAAUACAAACCGGAAAUAUCUGAGACAGCCGAAGCGACAGAAACGUUUAAAAAUGAUAUUUUAAAACGAACAAAAUCGCAAUCUUUGCCUGAUUUCAAUGAAACCCAUGCAGGCGAGGAACUAUCUGUACCUCUUAAUCUUGUUUCCAGUGAAAACAAUGCAAAGUUAGCAUAUAACGCCAAAUAAAAUUCAAGAAAUCAAGCCAUCACGCGCACAGAAGUUUAUAAAUGAGCUCCUUAAAUCAUU